AUGGAGACCGCUUAUGCAAAUAUUAAUGGGAAAAUUUGGUUGUUCUUUGAUACGGUGGUAGAGUGGGAAUUAGUGGAGUAUACUGAGCAACAUGUGGUUCUGAGAGUGUUUCACCAUGAUCUGGGGCAGCACAUGAUGAUGACAUUUGGUUAUGCAAAAUGUUCAGCAAUGGAGAGGUUGGAAUUGUGGGAUCGCUUGUAUCACUUAGAAUGUGAUAUGAAAUUGCCAUGGUUGGUAGGAGGGGAUUUCAAUGUGAUAUUACAUGAAGAUGAGAAAAUAGGAGGACUACCAGUACACCCGCCUGAAUAUGAGGAUUUUGCAUUUUGUGUAUACUCUUGUGGUUUGUUUGAGCAAGGAUAUAAAGGAAGUCCGUUUACAUGGUGGAAUGGGAGAUCCAAUGCUGCGUGUGGGGAGCAGACCACCAGUUUUGUCAAGCCUUUCAGCUUCUUGAACUUUUGGACUAAACAUGCUACAUUUAUGGAUUUGGUGAGGCAGAAUUGGGAAGCUGAUUUCAUAGGGGAUCCUUUUUUGAUGUUCAAGCAGAAGCACAAUAGGGUGAAGGCAGCACUGUUAGAAUGGAGUAGGGAAACAUUUGGUGAUAUCUUCAAGCAGUUGACUAUUUUGGAAGAUAUUAAAUACUUGAGUAUUGAGGAGCAGUAUUGGAAGCAAAAAGCUAUGAUGACUUGGUUAGCUGAAGGAGAUAGGAAUACAAGUUUCUUUCAUAAUCAUGUCAAUGGCAAAAGAAAGAAAUUGCAGCUGAAGAGGAUCAAAAGUGGAAGUGGGGUAUGGAUUGAAGACCAGGAGCAAUUGGCUACAACUGCAGUGGACUUCUAUUAA